AUUGAAGACUCCCUCUCCCUCGCCCCCACAUCCGAGGCAUCUGCCUUCAACAAUCGUCAUAAGUUCGACCUUGUUGUACUAUAUGACAAGAGAUCGACCUCUUUCACAAGCAACCCUGACAUGUCGACGCUGCUUCGUGCUAUCUGGGAACGCGAGUUCCGUAAAACAUUGAGAAGGAUGCCGAUGAUGCUUGUCGGAUGGUACGAGGCCUGGGUGAAGGAGUUUGGC